GGAAAGGUAGAGUUUUACAUUUCCAUAUACUGCAUUUUACAGAACUGUGAGAAUAUGGUUAAAACGCGAUUCCGGACAGUACUGGCCAAGUGUUUGUCAGUAUAUGCCAUCAGGAUGUACAUGUAUCGGUUAUGUCCAAGAUACCCGUCAACUGUACAUAGGCCAAGAAAAUGGCACCAUAAUACAAUACUCUCGGAAGAUUGCAAUCGCCUAUCCAUUUUUUUGGAAUUUUCGUUCCAUGAUGGAUCAAAAGCAAAUCGGUAUUCGUCAACAUCAUUGUAGAAACUGUGGAAAAGCUAUUUGUGACAAUUGUUCCAGUAAUCGUGUAAAUAUUCCUAAUAUGGGAUUUGAAUUUGAUGUGCGUUGCUUUAUUAAUCAACGUUUACGUAAUAAUGUAAUUAAAACUACAGCAGAAACUCAAAUCUAUUAG